CUAAUUGCGAGAACGGUCUGCGUAUUCUUUCAUCUCCCUCAAAUAAACACUCGGGAGCGCAGAAAUCCACGCAGAUCCGCCUGUCCUGUUGAUGCGGGUCCCUGCUGCUCAGCCAGGAGCGGGAGAUCCAGGGCGAUGUCCACCCCAGAUCCCCCCAUGGGAGGCACCCCUCGCCCAGGUACUUCCCCUGGUCCUGGUCCCUCCCCUGGGGCCAUGAUUGGCCCGAGCCCUGGGCCCUCCCCGGGCUCCUCUCACAGUAUGAUGGGCCCUAGCCCUGGCCCCCCCUCCUCUGGACACUCUCAGCCUGGACCCUCUGGUUAUGGCCAGGAGAGCAUGCACCCACUGCACAAACCCAUGGAGAGCAUGCAUGAGAAGAGCCUGAGUGAGGAGAGCCGCUUCAGUCAGAUGAAGGGACUGUCCAUGAGACAGGGCGGGCACAGCGGUAUGGGCCCCCCGCCAAGUCCUCUAGACCAACACUCGCAAGGUUACCACUCUCCUCUUGGUGGCUCUGACCACUCCAGUCCUGUCCCUUCAAAUGGUCCUCCCUCUGGACCUCUCAUGCCUUCCUCCUCCUCUUCCUCCUCCUCUGGUGGUCCUGGCUCUACCUCAGCACCAUUAGACGGCCCCAGUGGAGAUCAACACACUCUGGGUCCCAAUAACCGACCUGGCCCCCCGGGAGGCUCAGGCCCAGGCCCCAGUCCUGGACCCAGUCUUGGCUCAAGCGUCCCCAGCCUUGGAUCUGGGCUUGAACCUGUGGGCCCUGCAGGCCCUGGAGGUCCUGGUGGCCCCACUCCCUUUAACCAGAACCAGCUUCACCAACUCAGAGCCCAGAUCAUGGCUUAUAAGAUGCUGGCCCGGGGUCAGCCCCUGCCGGACCACCUCCAGAUGGCUGUCCAGGGGAAAAGGCCGAUGCCUGGGAUGCAGCAGCAGCCGAUGCCCAGCCUGGGCCCAGGAGCUGGAGGCGGGCCGGGUGUUGGACCAGCAGGACCCGGACCUGGGCCAAUGGUCUCAGGCUACGGUCGAGCUCAUGGAAUGAUGGGUCCCAACAUGCCUCCUCCUGGCCCAUCCGGUACUCCAGUUGGGAUGCAGGGACCAAACCCAAAUGGACCUCCCAAGUCCUGGCCUGAAGGUCCUAUGGUGAAUGCAGCAGCCCCCUCCAACGCACCCCAAAAGCUGAUUCCCCCUCAGCCCACCGGCCGGCCCUCUCCCGCCCCUCCAUCAGUUCCCCCUGCUGCCUCCCCAGUGAUGCCUCCACAGACCCAGUCCCCCGGACAGCCGGCACAGCCUACUCCCAUGAUGCCUUACCACGCCAAGCAGAACCGCAUUACCCCCAUCCAGAAGCCCUGCGGCCUCGACCCAGUGGAGAUCCUGCAGGAGAGGGAGUACAGGUUACAGGCUCGUAUCACCCAUCGCAUUGCAGAACUGGAGAACCUGCCGGGCUCCCUGGCGGGUGAUUUACGUACCAAAGCUACCAUAGAGCUCAAAGCCCUGCGACUGCUUAACUUCCAGAGACAGCUGCGUCAAGAAGUGGUGGUGUGUAUGCGUCGUGACACAGCUCUAGAGACGGCGCUUGAUGCCAAGGCCUACAAGCGGAGCAAGCGUCAGUCUCUGCGGGAGGCCCGCAUCACAGAGAAGCUGGAGAAACAGCAGAAGAUUGAGCAGGAGCGCAAACGCAGGCAGAAACAUCAGGAGUACCUCAACAGCAUCCUUCAACACGCCAAAGACUUCAAAGAGUAUCACCGCUCCAUCACGGGCAAAAUGCAGAAACUGACCAAAGCUGUGGCCACUUACCACGCCAACACCGAGCGCGAGCAGAAGAAAGAGAACGAGCGGAUUGAGAAAGAGAGGAUGAGGAGGCUCAUGGCUGAGGAUGAGGAGGGCUAUCGUAAACUGAUCGACCAGAAGAAGGAUAAACGUCUGGCCUACCUGCUGCAGCAAACUGACGAGUACGUCGCCAACCUCACCGAGCUGGUCAGAGCUCACAAAGCUGCGCAGGCGCUCAAGGAGAAGAAGAAGAAGAAGAAGAGAAAGAAGAAGUUGGAGAAUGCUGAAAGUCAGACUCCUGCGUUGGGUCCAGAUGGAGAGCCUCUGGAUGAGACGAGUCAGAUGAGCGACCUGCCUGUGAAGGUCAUCCAUGUGGACAGUGGGAACAUCCUGACAGGAGUUGAUGCUCCUAGAGCUGGACAGCUGGACACAUGGCUGGAGAUGAACCCAGGUUACGAGGUGGCGCCCCGCUCAGACAGUGAAGACAGUGAGGAGGAGGAAGAGGAGGAGGAGGAAGAGGAGGAGCCUCAGCCAUCCACUGCUCUGGUGGAUGACAAGAAGAAGAUAACAGACCCUGACUGUGAAGACGUGUCCGAGGUGGAUGUCCGACAUAUUAUUGAAAAUGCUAAACAGGAUGUGGAUGAUGAAUACAUGGGUGCAGCGUUUGCUCGGGGCCUGCAGUCUUACUAUGCGGUGGCUCACGCUGUCACAGAGAGGGUGGACAAACAGUCCAGUUUGUUAAUAAAUGGACAACUCAAGCAGUAUCAGAUUAAAGGUCUGGAGUGGCUGGUUUCCCUCUACAACAAUAAUCUGAACGGGAUCCUUGCUGACGAGAUGGGUUUGGGAAAAACCAUCCAGACGAUCGCCCUCAUCACGUACCUCAUGGAGCUCAAACGUCUUAAUGGACCCUACCUCAUCAUCGUGCCGCUCUCAACUCUUUCUAACUGGGUGUACGAGUUCGACAAGUGGGCACCCACAGUUGUGAAAGUGUCCUACAAGGGUUCUCCUGCUGCCAGAAGAGCUUUCGUCCCCCAGCUGCGCAGUGGAAAGUUUAACGUCCUUCUCACCACUUACGAGUACAUCAUCAAGGACAAACAAGUGCUGGCCAAGAUCCGCUGGAAGUACAUGAUCGUGGACGAGGGCCACCGCAUGAAGAACCACCACUGUAAGCUGACCCAGGUCCUGAACACCCACUACCUGGCCCCGCGGCGAGUCCUGCUCACAGGGACGCCGCUGCAGAACAAACUGCCUGAGCUCUGGGCGCUGCUCAACUUCCUCCUGCCCACCAUCUUCAAGAGCUGCAGCACCUUCGAGCAGUGGUUCAACGCUCCGUUUGCCAUGACCGGAGAGAAGGUUGACCUAAAUGAAGAGGAGACCAUUUUGAUUAUCCGUCGUCUCCAUAAAGUGCUACGUCCCUUCCUGUUGCGCAGGCUGAAGAAGGAGGUGGAGGCACAGCUUCCAGAGAAGGUGGAAUAUGUGAUCAAGUGUGACAUGUCGUCUCUUCAGAGGGUGCUGUACAGACACAUGCAGGCCAAAGGAGUCCUGCUCACUGAUGGAUCAGAGAAGGACAAGAAGGGUAAAGGAGGCACAAAGACGCUGAUGAACACCAUCAUGCAGCUGAGGAAGAUCUGCAACCACCCUUACAUGUUCCAACAAAUAGAGGAAUCUUUCUCUGAACAUUUAGGAUUCUCUGGUGGGAUAGUAACGGGUCCCGACCUGUAUCGAGCAUCGGGGAAGUUUGAGGUUUUGGAUCGAAUCCUGCCAAAGCUGAGAGUCACAAACCACAAAGUGCUGCUGUUCUGUCAAAUGACAUCACUCAUGACCAUCAUGGAGGAUUACUUUGCCUAUCGCAGCUUCAAGUAUCUGCGUCUGGAUGGCACUACGAAGGCCGAGGACAGAGGAAUGUUACUGAAGACGUUUAAUGAGCCGGGGUCGGAAUACUUUAUCUUCCUCCUGAGCACCAGAGCUGGUGGCCUGGGACUCAACCUGCAGUCUGCAGACACUGUGGUCAUCUUUGACUCUGACUGGAACCCUCAUCAGGACCUUCAGGCUCAGGAUCGAGCCCACCGUAUCGGUCAGCAGAACGAGGUGCGCGUGCUGCGUCUGUGCACCAUCAACAGUGUUGAGGAGAAAAUCUUGGCCGCUGCUAAGUACAAACUAAAUGUGGACCAGAAGGUCAUCCAGGCCGGCAUGUUUGACCAAAAGUCCUCCAGCCACGAGCGCAGGGCCUUCCUGCAAGCCAUCCUGGAGCACGAGGAGCAAGACGAGGUCUGGGGGCAGGAAGUGUGUCUACGUAUUAACGAAGAGGACGAGGUGCCCGAUGACGAGACGGUCAACCAGAUGAUUGCAAGGAGUGAGGAGGAGUUUGACCAAUUUAUGCGAAUGGACCUGGACCGGCGUCGUGAGGACGCCCGAAAUCCCCGGAGAAAGCCUCGACUGAUGGAGGAGGACGAGCUGCCCACCUGGAUCAUGAAGGACGACGCCGAGGUGGAACGGUUAACCUGCGAGGAGGAGGAGGAGAAAAUGUUUGGACGAGGAUCCAGGCAGCGGAAAGAGGUGGACUACAGCGAUUCUCUGACCGAGAAGCAGUGGCUCAAGGCGAUAGAGGAGGGCACGCUGGAGGAGGUGGAGGAAGAGGUGCGUCACAAAAAGACGACCCGUAAGAGGAAGCGGGACCGCGACCUGGACCUCCCUGGUCCCUCCUCUUCCCUAGGGGGUCGAGGGCGGGGGGACAAAGAUGACGAUGGAAAAAGGCAGCGAAAGAGAGGACGACCUCCCGCUGAGAAACUUUCUCCCAACCCGCCCGCCCUCACAAAGAAGAUGAGGAAGAUCGUGGACGCCGUCAUCAAGUAUAAAGACAGCACCAGCGGGCGUCAGCUCAGUGAGGUGUUCAUCCAGCUGCCGUCUCGAAAAGAGCUGCCUGAGUACUACGAGCUGAUCCGCAAGCCGGUGGACUUCAGGAAGAUCAAGGAGAGGAUUCGAGGUCAUCGCUACCGCAGUCUGGGCGACCUGGAGAGAGACGUCAUGCUGCUCUUCCAAAACGCUCAGACCUUCAACCUGGAGGGGUCGCUGAUAUAUGAAGACUCCAUCGUCCUCCAGUCAGUGUUCACCAGUUUGAGGCAAAAGAUCGAGAAGGAGGAGGAGAGUGAGGGAGAGGACAGUGAGGAAGAGGAAGAGGAACUGGAUGAAGGAUCAGAGUCUGAAACUCGCUCAGUGAAAGUGAAGAUCCGUCUGGGAAGGAAGGACAAAGGUGGAGAUCGUGGGAAGGGUCGCAGCAGACGAAUGGGACGCACCAGAGCCAAGCCUGUAGUUAGUGAUGAUGACUCGGAGGACGAGCAGGAAGAGGAGCGCUCCCCCAGUGCCACAGAUGACGAGUCCUGAACCGAGCUGUUAGGUGGGAGAUAAAGGAGCAUGAAGCACCACAUCUACAGUAGAAAUAAAAAAAACACUCCUCCAUCAACUCCAUCCACCCUCAGUCAGGUGUUCACAGGGCUGGAGAAAUAGAGGAGAGGUUUGCCAAUACAGGAACAGACACUUCUGAUCGUUUAAAUCAGUUAAGAAGACGUCACAUGGAAUAAGAUACAUGAUUCAUUUUGCAUCGCUGCAUUUUACUGUAAUUGUUUGUUUGCUGAAGUCUGAAGAAGUUUUUUUAAGAAGAGGAUCAAAUUAGCUUUAACUCUUUUGUUUGCACUUUCAGGAGGGUUUUGAAACGUUCUGGAAAUGUUGCCCGUGUGCAGGUGUUAAAAUGUUACUUUGACAAAAACACCUGAUGGUCAUUCUGAUGAUAACUAAGAAAAGAACCAAUAGGGAGCUCUGACUUUGCGCUCUGGACCGCCCACAGUCUAAACACACUUUCUAUCUCUGUUCAGACUGUCAGUUUGUAACAUCUCUCCUUCACUAUGAACUCACAGAGGCAUAAUGGGAGGACAAAGUUAUCCCUCCUCUGUGCCACCGUCUGAGGUCGAAACAGAGGCGUUUACAGAGCCAGCGGGGGAGAACAGCGAUGUGUGUGUCUGCAUGUCUGAGUGUGUGUGUGUGGCGCUCCUGCUGCUUCUUUACAUGUCGUGCUUCUCAACGCAGAAACACAAAGGGGUUUUUAAAGGUUUACACACUGCUUAGAAAUCUUCAAUUUAGGUCAUUCUAAUUUCCAGCUGUCCACAAACCUUCUUUGUAAUAAUUGCUGUGACUCCGCAGUACUCGUUCUUUUGUCAGAUGACUAGAAAAGAGCUCCACAAGUCCAAUCAUUUAGCAUUUUUAAUUUACAAAUUUUAAUCAGCAACAAUCCUCGUCUAACCUGAGGAGUGAGAACUUACAGGAACCAGUACAGUGAGGUAAACAGCAUGAAAUGUAAACAUAAAAUGUUUUAAAAUAGAAAUCUGUUUUCACCUUAACUUACCUUAUUCCCCUCCUCACAAACAUGUAAACACAACUCUCGCCUCCCCUCUGCUUCCCUUCAGAGCCGCUGUGAUUACCGAGGUGUGUGUGUGUGUGUGUGUGUGUGUGUGUGUGGCUCUAUGUUUGAGUUGGGCUUCUCCGCCUGCUGUGGGUGAAGGCGUCUCCGGUCUUCUCAGAAUCUCUGCAGCCACUCUCCACGUUCAUUUGAGCGAGGUUUGAUGGAAUUGAGUCAAGGUCGCUCUCCAACACUGUAAACAUCUGUGAGCAUAAAAACAACCGACUCCACCGUGCUGCUGCUGCUGCUGCUGCUGCUGCUGCUGCCUCCCUUACACACUUCCAACACAAGCAGUGAUACCUGUUGAUUGUAGACUAACUGAAUUAUUAUGAGGUCAUAACUCAUUGAUGAGUACUGUAACUUGAACUGCUUCUCCUUCAGUUGUUGCGUGGUGAUUUUAGGAUUUCUGAAUUAUUUGAUGCACUUUUUCUGUUUUUUUUUUAUUUUUAUUUUUUUAUAUUUUAAGACAAAGGACCAGAGGGACCGUGGCUCCUCUCUGCUUGUGAACGCCUCAUGGCCAUAAGGUGUUGGAUAUACUGUACAGAGUUUUUUUUUUUUUUUAAGAGUAUAAUGUCAAUGCACGUGUGUACAGCUCGCGAGUUCAGUUUACUGCACUUUUUUUGAUUAUGGUAGGAAACAACCAAAGCAUCAACAUUUUCCCUGCUCAGAUAUCCGGAUGUGUACCGUGUUGUGUCGUGUAUCUGUCGCUGGAACGUAAAAAAACAACAAUAAAUAACAGUGAAAGUGAA